GUCUGCUCCUCCUAGUCUUACCUUCUCGAAGCCGCCCAUCAUGGCCUCGUCCUCGUCGACGUCCUCUUGGACGAGUAAGAGGGUCGUAGCGUACAGCCUCUCAUCCUCGCGGACGACUGAGAGCCGCACCGUACCCUCUUCUCAUCCAGCGUACACGCAGCCUUCUUCAACGAGGGACAGAAUACCCUCUGAGCAUGCCCACUAUGCGACGGCAAGGAUGCACUCGUCAUCGUCGUCCGCAGAUCAAUCCGGCUGCAUCGUCGUUGCGCGCGCCAUUCACGAGGGCCAAACUCUGGAGCUCAGCCUCAUUCGCCUUGACAAUGACGGCAACGAGCUCCCGAUGGGCAUCUCCUCGCCGAUACCUUGCCCACAACACUUCCUCUUUCCUGCCCCUCUCUUGCCUGGCUUUUCCAUAUUCCUCGACGAAUUCUCUGGCGGCGUCGCUUUCAUCGGCAUCACAAUCACCGGAUGGCUCUUCCACCUCCGCUUCCCACCGCCAGGCGCCUUUUACGCGUCAACGCUCCCGCACGACUGGGCGUCUGAACACAAGGUAGCCAGCCUCGUCGAGUCGAGCAGCAACACAAUGAGCCCGCAACGAGGAGGCUCGCCGCUACCGCCCAUCCGCGCAAACGCACUCGUCCAUAUCGUUGAUCCAACGACUGUCCUCGUCGCUUGCGAGGAUGGAGCCCUCAUCAAGCUGCAGCGCCAGAGCGACGACGACGAAUGGCGCGAAACGAUGCUGCGCUCAACUUCGUUCUUCAAGAACUUUUCCAAGUUCUUUUCUCGCUCCUCGCCCUCGCCAGCCCAGCAGUCCGUGAGCGUCGACACGAGCCUUUCGGCCAAUGUCGCAUCCACCCAGGUCGUCUCCAUGGACACACUUGUACGGGACGAUGCCUCUUCGAUCGCGUUUUGCAUCUCACGUGAUCGCAAGCUCAGAGCAUGGGACCUCGUCACAGACUCCUGCGUCGUUACCGUCGACUUGCCUAGCGCUCUCGUCUCUGAAACCGAUGAGGCUACAGGCACCUCAUUGCCUCCCUUUGGCAGCCGCGGCGCAAGCAGGCCGCAUGUACGCGUCUUCCAGCCAGACGCUCGAGAUGAAAGCGAGUAUCCACUCUACCUCCUCGUUUUUGUUCCAACGCCGCUUCCCACUGGCUCCUUCUUUGCCCUGUACGGCGUCGAGCUCGCCGGCGCUAAGUCAUCGACGCGGGCUAUCGCCACGCGAUCACCGGUUCCGCCAUCUCACAACUCAGCAUCAGGUCAAGGAAUCAGUCAAAUUGCGCUACUGUGGCAGAAAGCUUGUGACCAGGAGACGAAAGGAAUGGCUGCUGAACUGCGAGAUGCAAUCGUCAUGUCGAGCGACGAGUGGGCGCUCUGGACGCUUUGGGAUGCAGGCGGACGCUCUCUCAUCAAACAGUCAAUCGUACACUUGAUCGAAGAAGAGCAGGAUGGUGAAGAGACCACCGUUGACUCUGAGGACUGGAGCACGACAGCCUACGACCCAUCCACCACAUAUACCCCGCUGCGAGGCAGCGAGAUCGAGGCUCUCCUCUCGACAGCCGAGCAAGACUACGACUCAUCGCCGCAAUCUGCGGCGAGCUCCUUCUAUCUUUCUCGCAUCAUGGAGGCAGGCAGGUAUAGCGUCUCUUCGCUCGAGUGGGCAGUCGACGUCUAUGCUGCAGCGCUCCUCGACUCGCUGUCCUCCGCACGCCUCGCGCUCCCGGCCGCUCUGCAACCGGACGCUGCAUUUCAGUCUUUGGCAGACCAGAUCGCGUUAACUGUCGGUUCUGGCGUACAGCUCGAGAUCGAUCCCGAGACGGGUGCUGUCCUGCACGAAGAGUUCAAGACGGCGAUCCGACGAGAGUGGCAGAGGUUCAUUGGCUUGCUGGAAGAGGCAGAUGGUCAGGGUCGGUGGCCGAUCGAGUUUGUUGCCUCCUCCGAUGACGAGCGCUGGACUACACCCUUGGUGUUAACAAGGGACCGCCUGGCCUUUACCAUCCACAAAGACGCCGUGGAUGCCCUGGUAGCACUGGCGGAAGGUCACUGUGUCGGCGCAGCGCAGCGGUCAGGAGGCUCUCUCACCGCUGUAGCCCAAGAGAUCAGCCACGAGAACAAUGAUGGCCAGCUCGCGCGCAAGCGUCGUCGUCUCGCACAACAUCUCAACGCGGCCAACACUGGUAGUGAGGCGAGAGAAGAAGACUACGGCGAGGCAGCCAUCAGCGAUCUGGGGGAGAUGAGCGUGGCACUUGCCACUGUUGCAACAGCGCUCACCUCGAGUCUUCCCGCCAUCUCCGUCGAUGCUUUCGCCCGCGACACACUCCAGCUCGUGUCACAACCUCUUGGUUCGGAUAUCAAUGACGCCGCGCUGGACCUCUGGAACGCUGGACUCGAUGCUGGGCUUGAAGAGCUGCAAGAGCCUGCCCUGGCUGUGCUCACACGGCUGGCUGAGUCGAAAGUUGCAACGGUCCUUCCUGCCGAAGAGACAGUAUCGGAAGAUAUCGAUUGGGAAAAGCCGGCCUUGGAGCCGGCCUUCUUUGCCCUCGCCGACCUACUCAUCUCAAGUCCCUCACUGAACUCGAAGAAGGACAGCCUCAUUUGGAACAGGUCGUUACUGCGAACGGAGAUCGCCUCGGCAUUCGUGGCUGAUGGCGCCUACCAGUCGCUUCGCAAUCGCACACGGCUCAGCAAGUCGCUGCUGCUGCUUGUGCUGGCUAUCCAUGCCAUGAGCGCCAGUGAGGAUGACGAAGCGGCUUCUGUCGCAAGCUCAUUCGAGCGGCUGCCAAAUCUCAUCGUCCGCCUCAUCACUGUCUUUCACUCACUCUCACUCGCCGUCAAGCUUGCAGACCUGCCCCUCCCCCCGGAGGAGUCCCGUAGCGCGGUCGUCCUGGCAUGCAAGGGCACGCAUGAGGACGACAUCGCGAAGGAGCUCGGUCUGCUCAAUGUCAGCGAGCAAAGCCGCAUAGCCGUCGCGGCGCCUACUUCUGGCCUCGUCCACUUUUGCGUAGCGCAAGAGAUGCUGAGGACGGACAGCGGGGACGAUAGAGAGGGCGCUGCUGCAUCACAAAUGCUAGCUCACGCUGUCUCAUCCACGCUGCAAGCCAUGGGCAUCUCGUCGAGUUGCGAUGCACGCGAGGCCAUCCAAUUGCCUACUCUUGGCGCGAGGCAGGCUCUCUUGUGCCACAGCCUCGUGUCGCACGGCGUCCCUCUCGCCUGUCGGCUAUUGGCCAACGCCUUUGCUGAAACGCCUGCGUCAUCAUAUCUGAGCGCACUUGCGCUGCUCCAGCAAGGCUGCUUCGUCGAAGCUGCCGAAGCUUUCUCAUCCAGCAUGGCUGGCAUCCUCGCUCUGAGCCAACGCCCCAUCAGACAAGAUCAGCAGCUCCUCGCGCAGCUUCUGCCCCCUUCGGUACUAUCCGGCGAAUACGACAGUGCCGAAGCGGUCUCUGACAUCCUUCUUGCCAGAUACUGCCGCCAUGUCGCCGACCUUUUCGAGCCCUUCCUAGCUCAUUCCCAAAUCGUGGCCUUUGUCACCAAAGCUUUGCGCCUCGCUCGCAGCACCAAGUCGACGGAAGUUCAAUCGCCCGCCGAUGCUCGUGAGCUCUACUUCCGCCUCUUCCGCUCGCAACUUCACCUCGGCGACUACGCUGCAAGCUACUCUACAGUCAUGGAGAUGCCCUCGGACGUGCUGCGUCGCGACUGCCUGCGAACGCUCAUCUCAGCCAUGUGUGAGACAGGCCACGUAUCGCAGCUGCUCGAGUUCAACUUUGCAGGCUUGCAAGCUGAGGUGGAGCGCAACCUGAGUUUCAAGGCUCGCAACUGCGACCCGACCGCGCUGCCCAACUUCUUCCACAUCCUCUAUUCGUACCAUGUUCAUCGCAGCGACUUCAAAUCCGCUGGAGCUGUCAUGUACCAACAGGCCCAUCGACUCGGGGAGCUGCAACGCAUUGCCAACGGGACUAGCGCCGCUUCUGUGUACGACGAUUUCCUGGACCUCGCGGUUCAGCAGGCUCGCAGCUAUCUGACAGCGAUCAACGCCCUCUCGCUCCUCGAUGCCAACAAUGCUUGGUUUGCAGACGCGCUCAACACUAGCGCAAUGCGAGAGUACGAGGAAGAGAAUCUUGCACCCGCGACGAUGUCAGCUCGACUUCACCCGUCCUCGUCUGCGAAGAAGCUGUCGAGCUACAUUCCCUCCUCUCAUUGGCAAGCAGGCAGCAAAGAGAUCCGCAUCGUCCAACAAGACGAUGUCCGGCGGGAGUAUCGCCUAGUCCUAUCACGGCUGGAACUUGUGCAAAUGUAUCCCGAGCUAGCAAGCGCAACAAUGACGCUAAGCGCGACGGACAUCGUCUCGCUACUGAUCCGCAACGAGGAGUACGACAAGGCCUUUACGGCCGCACGUGGCCUGGAUGUCGACCCCUGUGGCAUCUUUGCGCAGCUAGCCGUCAAGUGCGCCACGAGCGCUUUCUUGCAAAGCUAUCGCAAAGAGGUGGCGGAAAAAGAACUCCAGGCGCAAGAUCCCGAGGGUACAGGAGUGGAGGCAAAUAAGAUGCUUGAUUUGCUUGCUGGCGAUUAUGAGGCAGGGCAAGGAAGCGAAGCAGAAGAGGAGGAGGGUGAAGAUUGGUCGGCAGGAUGGGGCUUUUUGCGCUCGUCGGAUCGCACAUCAGGCUGGACGGGGUCUUUGGCGGAGCGAGCCUGGCGCUACCUGAAGCUCAACCUCGAGAUCGAAGAUGCUCGUGGGCCAGAGACGGUUUGGCGCCAUCGCGUCAUAGUACUCGAGCGUCUCCUUGCGCUGAGGCGGUCGGAUGGCGGUAAGCUCGAGGUGCCCCUCUGGCUACUGGGCUGGUUUGAGAAUGAGCAGCCGGAGCUGCUGAUCAAGGUCUACCUCAAGACAGAUCGAGUGGACGAAGCACUGCAAGCUGCGAUUCGCUGGGUGCAGAAGAGCAAUUCAGAGGCUCGCACGCGCAAGGUCACGGGUGGUGGUGCAGGGGCAAUGCUGCCGCAGCGCUACAUUGCCUACGUGACGCUCGACUCUCUGAUGAAGCGCGCCAUCGAUCCUGAUGAGCGACCGGUGUCUGCGACAGAGUCAGCGGCUGCGACGAGAGCAUUGGUAGAUGAGUUGAAGAAGGUGAUCGGGCAGAGGGGCGAGAUGAUGAUGAGCGACUGGCACGAGAAGCGAAAUGUAUUUGAAGACAGGCAAAAGAAGGCGAUGCAGGGAGAGUCGGCGAUGCAGUGGGCGUAGAACGAUUGUAAGAGUAAUCGAUAGCACACAACACUGCCGUUUGGUGAAGCGCGGGCGUGAAUCGGAUGGGCGCGCGUGGGUGUCGCACGAGAGGGGAGCCGGGCUGCGCGUGGAGGGGCCAAAAUGCA